GUACCUUUGCUGACGAAAUAAAUCAGCUGAGACUUGGAGCGCAGUGUUGACGACAAUUUGAUUGAAGUGCGAUUUAUUUAUCAAUAAUUUACUUAGAUCAGCAAGCUGAAAGGAUCAUGGGCAAACUGACGUGUGAGUGUCUCAACAUCAACAUCCACACCAAGGGAGAUGACCUCCAACCCCUGGACCCCACCCUCCUGGGUCUAUCCAUAGACCAGCUGAGGGAGCCCUUCUUUGAACGGGACAUCGCCGAGGUGCAGCUGGAUCUGGGCGGAGUCACAGAGGAGCAGAAGUACCUGGUGCACAAGACUACAGUUGGAGAUUGGUGUAUCAGGACCUGUGUUAACUGCAAGACACCAUCAUAUGCUACCCAUGCUACUAAGGGUUUAGAGAGGGUGUUAGUUAACACCAGACUUGUGAGCGAUGAAAGGAGACAGGAGAGUAUCCAGUCCUUGGAUACGUUCUCAUCUCUGUACAAGGUGGUCUUGGGGGACAGCGGAGAAAAAUCUAACAGUUCAUCAUUAGUACAUCCGAUGACAGGGAACCAGGAGGUCAUAAGAAAGACCGUAGCACAACUGCAAGAUCAUCUCAACAAAUAUAUCAGCAGAGAAAAACUAGCCAUGGAAGAGAGAAUAAGGAGAUACAGCGAAGAACAGAAAGCAGCAUUCAGCAACCUGCAGAAGAGAGCGUACCAGGAUAAGAAUGUCAUGGUUGGUGUCAUCUUGAACGCUGAAGAGAGGAGCCUGGAAGAUUCGUUAUCAGAUGCCAUGUUGGAUAAUACCCUAACCCCACCCACCACGCCAAUUACAAGGCCUGGGAAUGUGCAAACCAGAUUUGCAGCAUCAGAUAAACUUGCCUCAUCCGUACCAGCAUCGAGAGCCCCUAUCAGAAACUUUGGUCCGUCCAUGCCUAUUAAGAGCAGACCUAUCCCCCAACAAGCUCGUAGAGUGCAGCACAGCAGUGUUGCUAGAUCCGUUCCCGCCCAUUCUGCACACCGAGAUAUCACAAGAACCAGCUCAGAUGCAGACACCAUGUUUGAUCUGGAGGGGUUUACCCAGGACGAAGAACCAUUCUUUGAAUCAGAUGAAAGCAGUACAGACGAUAACUCGCUAAAUGAUGAGAACCUUGCCCCACCCAUGACGAGAGACAGAGUGCUUCAUGAGUACGCAACCUCCGUUCCUAUCUCCAUGCCGAUGUGGAAGAAGGAGAAGCACUCAUUUGAAGAGGUAGCAGAGGAGAAGGUGCCGAUGCCGGAGCCUGAUCGGAUGGUUGCCAGCAUGAGGGCACUGUCCUUCAGCGUCAACGAUGGGACGGAGAUGUUUGGCGACCUCCCGAGGCCGAGAUUAAACACCGUCGGAGAAGUGCCGAUCAAGAAAGGAUCGCGAAAAUUGUAGCUUAAAUGUAGAUUAUAGCAUGUAGAUUAUAUUGCGUAGAUUAUCAUCUGUUUUGAACCGGAAGGACGUUACCUCGUAAACUUUAACAGAGACCAGGGGGGCGUUUCACAAAACUUGUCAUCAGUGACAAAUGACAAUUUGUGUUAUAAGCUACUGAAAUCCUUGCUUCUGAU